AUGAUUUUUUUAUUGUUAGCGUGCAUUUUUUAUGUUCUUCAGACGUUUCGACCAAAGAAAAAGUUUGUUCCGGGCACCGUUCGUUACAGUCUUCACAAGCAGGCUCAAGCCAGCUUACAUUCCGGCUUAGAUCUUCGUCAGGCAGUGAAACUACCUCCCGGAGAGGAAUUGAACGACUGGAUUGCUGUACAUGUGGUGGAUUUCUUUAACAGAAUUAAUCUGAUCUAUGGCACCGUUUGCGAGUUUUGUACAGAACUUUCUUGCCCUACAAUGUCGGGUGGAACGAAAUAUGAAUACCUCUGGAAAGACGGCAAUCAAUACAAAAAACCGACUAAGUUGCCAGCGCCGGUGUACAUCUGUCUUUUGAUGGAUUGGAUAGAAUACAAAGUCAAUGACCAGAACUGUUUUCCAAUCGAUCCAAGUACGCGUGUUCCAUUUCCGAGCAAUUUUCGGUCACUGUGUCGCAAGAUUUUAACGCGACUUUUCCGGGUAUUCGUCCAUGUGUAUAUUCAUCAUUUUGAACGACUUGUAUGGAUCGGAUCGGAGCCUCAUGUGAAUACGUGUUACAAGCAUUUCUACUAUUUUGUUACCGAGUUUGAUCUUGUCAGCGUUAAGGAACUUGAACCGUUAGUAAGUAGCACUUUUAACAGAUUACUCGAAUCACUUUCGAAAAAAUGA